AUGUUCCUUCCAUCCUUGGCGAUUCCGUCUAUUAGCGUUCCGGAUCUUUCGGUUCCCUCCGUAGCGCUCCCAUCCAUCUCACUGCCCGCCAUUUCGAUCCCGUCCCUCACCGUCCCCUCCCUCAGUGUCCCCUCACUUAACGUUCCUUCGAUUGCGGUACCGUCAGUCACCAUCCCGAGCAUCGCUGCUUCAGCCAUCAGCCCGCCCGCAUCCGCCUCGUCAACUGCCGCCCCCGGCGUCACGGCGCUCUUUGACAUUCUCGGCCUCAUCGGCACCACGCUGUCGACGAUCGACACCGAACUCGAAGAGAUCUUCCAGCCCAACGUUGACAUCUUCGACACGGCCGUCCUGGACCGCAUCAGCGAGCUGGUCAACAGCCUCGGCACCACGGGCCCCCUCUACUCCGCCAUCAGCUCGGCCCUGGCCCAGGCACAGAACUUCGGCACGACGCUCUCGCCCUCCGACUCGGAAACCCUCAUCCGGGAUUUCAACAACGACGUCGUCCAGAGGUACUCCCAGGUCCUGCAGGGGCUCGAGAGCAGGCGGGACCAGAUCGCGCAGGCCUCCUCUGCCGCUCUCACCAACGGUGUCGGGGGCGCCACGACCAUAAUGAACCGCAUCUUCAACAACCUGAACCUGGGUCUGGUGAGACAGAUUGAUCUCAAUAACCAGCUCAUCAGGGUCCUUGACCCGGCCUUCAAGCCACAGGGUGUUGAGGUGACCAGCUCGCUGCAGAUCCUUCUGAAGCUCAGCAUCGACCUUUACCUCCCCCGAGAGUAG